AUGCCUUAUCAAAGUAAUUUUGAUUAUUUGGAUGCUCUUUGUUUGAAUGAUCAAUUAACUGAAGAUGAGCGAACACUUAGAGAUCAAGCUAGAAUUUAUUGUACUGAAAGAUUAAUGCCUAGAGUUACACAAGCUUUUAGAGAAGAAAAAUUUGAUCCAACAUUGAUUCCAGAACUUGGUAAAAUGGGUUUUCUUGGCGCGCCUUAUAAAGGUUAUGGAUGUGCGGGUGUUUCUUCUGUCGGUUAUGGAUUACUUACAAGAGAAUUGGAACGUGUUGAUAGUGGAUAUCGUUCAAUUAUGAGUGUACAAACAUCUUUAGUUAUUGGGCCUUUAUUUCAAUAUGGUAGUGAAGAACAAAAACAAAAAUACAUUUCUUCAUUGGCUAGUGGUGAGAAAAUUGGAGCUUUUGGCAUUACAGAGCCUAAUCAUGGGUCUAACCCUGCAGGGAUGGAAACUAAGGCUGUUUGGGAUGAAAAAGAAAAAGUUUACAAACUAAGCGGUGCAAAAUCCUGGAUUUCAAAUUCACCAGUUGCCGAUAUUUUUAUCAUUUGGGCUCGGAGUGAUAAACACGAAAAUGCUGUUAAAGUGUGUUUUCUCAAUCAAAAAAUAAAAAAAUUAUUUUUAAAAAUUUGUAAGGGUUUUAUUUUGGAAAAAGGAAUGCCUGGCUUGGAAACACCCAAAAUUGAAGGGAAAAUAUCUUUAAGAACUUCAAUUACUGGACAAAUUUUAAUGGAUGAAGUUGCUGUACCUGAAGAGAAUUUAUUGCCUGGAGCAACCGGACUUAGCGGGCCUUUUGGUUGUUUAAAUAAUGCAAGACUUGGAAUUAGUUGGGGAGCGCUUGGAGCAGCUGAAGCUUGUUUUCAGGCUGCCAGGGAUUAUGCUAUGGAUAGGUGGGUGGAAAAUUAA